GACCCCGCUCCGGUGACAGGCGGCUCCCGCCCUUCGGCCCCGGCGGCGAGCGUAUGUCGGCGGGCACCUGAGCGCGGUCCGCCUCGGAGUGGAGUGCGGUGCACCGCACGCCGGCGGAGCCCUCGGGGCGGAGGAUGGGGCUGGGGGCGCUGUCCCCGGGGAUGCUCCUGUGGCUGCUGGCCUCGGGGACUGUGCUCUCCGGGGAGCUCUGGCUGUGCGCCGGCCGCGACUGCGACUACCCUUCGGAGGGCAGCCUGGAGGACGGCGCGGAGACCAUCGACUACAAGGACCCGUGCAAGGCCGCUGUGUUUUGGGGUGAUAUUGCCUUAGAUGAUGAAGACUUAAAUAUCUUUCAAAUUGAUAGGACAAUUGACCUUACACAGAACCCCUUUGGAAACCUUGGACAUACCACAGGUGGAUUUGGAGACCAUGGUAUGUCAAAGAAACGAGGAGCUCUCUACCAACUUAUAGAAAGGAUAAGAAGAAUUGGCUCUGGCUUGGGGCAAAACAACACAGUUAAGGGCAAAGUACCUCUAAAAUUCUCAGGGCAAAGUGAGAAAAACCGAGUUCCUAGAGCUGCUACAUCAAGAACUGAAAGAAUAUGGCCUGGAGGCGUCAUCCCUUAUGUUAUUGGAGGCAACUUCACUGGCAGCCAGCGAGCCAUGUUCAAGCAGGCCAUGAGGCACUGGGAAAAGCACACGUGUGUGACCUUCAUCGAAAGGAGCGACGAGGAGAGUUACAUUGUCUUCACGUACAGACCUUGUGGAUGCUGUUCCUAUGUAGGUCGGCGGGGAAAUGGACCUCAGGCAAUCUCUAUUGGCAAGAACUGUGAUAAAUUUGGAAUUGUUGUUCAUGAAUUAGGUCACGUGAUAGGCUUUUGGCAUGAACACACACGACCAGACCGAGAUAACCACGUAACCAUCAUAAGGGAAAACAUCCAGCCAGGUCAAGAGUACAACUUUCUGAAGAUGGAACCCGGGGAAGUGAACUCCCUUGGAGAGGGCUAUGACUUUGACAGCAUCAUGCACUACGCCAGGAACACCUUCUCAAGGGGGAUGUUUCUGGAUACUAUACUCCCCUCCCGUGAUGACAAUGGCAUACGUCCAGCAAUUGGGCAGCGGACCCACUUAAGCAAAGGAGAUAUUGCACAGGCAAGAAAGCUGUAUAGAUGUCCAGCAUGUGGAGAGACCCUACAGGAAUCCAAUGGCAACCUUUCCUCCCCAGGAUUCCCAAACGGCUACCCUUCCUACACACACUGCAUCUGGAGAGUGUCUGUGACCCCAGGGGAGAAGAUUGUUUUAAAUUUCACCACGAUGGACCUGUACAAAAGCAGCUUGUGCUGGUACGACUACAUCGAAGUGAGGGACGGCCACUGGAGGAAGUCACCCCUCCUGGGUAGAUUCUGUGGGGACAAAUUGCCUGAAAUUCUUACCUCCACAGACAGCAGAAUGUGGAUUGAGUUUCGUAGCAGCAGCAACUGGGUAGGAAAAGGCUUUGCAGCUGUCUAUGAAGCGAUCUGUGGAGGUGAGAUACGAAAAAAUGAAGGACAGAUCCAGUCUCCCAAUUAUCCCGAUGACUACAGGCCAAUGAAAGAGUGUGUGUGGCAGAUAACAGUGUCUGAGGACUACCACGUGGGUUUGACCUUUCAGUCCUUUGAGAUUGAAAGGCAUGACAACUGUGCAUACGACUUCCUUGAGGUUCGAGAUGGAAGCAGUGAGCACAGCCCUUUAGUGGGGCGUUUCUGCGGCUAUGAUAAGCCUGAAGAUGUCACAUCAACCUCCAAUACCUUGUGGAUGAAGUUUGUUUCUGAUGGAACUGUGAACAAGGCAGGAUUUGCUGCUAACUUCUUUAAAGAGGAAGACGAGUGUGCCAAACCCGACCGUGGGGGCUGUGAGCAGCGGUGUCUGAACACACUGGGCAGCUACACAUGCGCGUGCGAGCCGGGCUAUGAGCUGGGCCCCGACAGGAGGAGCUGCGAAGCGGCUUGUGGCGGACUUCUCAGCAAGCUCAAUGGCACCAUCACCAGCCCAGGCUGGCCCAGGGAGUACCCUCCGAACAAAAACUGCGUGUGGCAGGUGGUCGCGCCAACCCAGUACAGGAUUUCUGUACAGUUUGAGUUCUUCGAGCUGGAGGGCAAUGAAGUUUGCAAAUAUGAUUAUGUGGAAAUCUGGAGUGGCCUCUCUUCUGAGUCUAAACUGCACGGCAGAUUUUGUGGAGCCGAAGUGCCCGAAGUGGUCACCUCCCAGUUCAACAAUAUGAGAAUUGAAUUCAAGUCUGACAACACUGUGUCCAAGAAGGGCUUCAAAGCCCUCUUCUUCUCAGACAAGGAAGCUUUCUGCAAAGAGAAAAUUUUUAUUUUUGAAUCUUGCAAGACCCUGAGACAGGUUGCCACUUCAGUUCCAUCCAACAAAGAUGAAUGCUCCAAGGACAAUGGCGGGUGUCAGCACGAGUGUGUCAACACAAUGGGAAGCUACGUGUGCCAGUGCCGGAACGGGUUUGUUCUGCAUGAAAAUAAACACGGCUGCAAGGAAGCCGAGUGUGAACAGAAGAUCCACAGCCCAAGUGGCUUUAUCACCAGCCCCAACUGGCCGGACAAGUACCCAAGCAGGAAGGAAUGCACGUGGGAGCUCAGCGCCACUCCCGGCCAUCGGGUCAAAUUAGCCUUUAGUGAGUUUGAGAUUGAGCAGCAUCAAGAAUGUGCUUAUGAUCACUUGGAAGUGUUUGAUGGAGAAACGGAAAAAUCACCAAUUCUUGGACGACUGUGUGGCAACAAAAUUCCAGAGCCCCUUGUGGCUACUGGAAAUAAAAUGUUUGUUCGUUUUGUUUCUGAUGCAUCUGUUCAAAGGAAAGGCUUUCAAGCCACACAUUCCACAGAGUGCGGCGGCCGGCUGCGAGCGGAGCCGGGGCCCAGGGACCUGUACUCGCAUGCGCAGUUUGGGGACAACAACUACCCGGGGCAGGCGGACUGUGAGUGGCUGCUGGUGUCCGAGCGGGGCUCUCGCCUGGAGCUGUCCUUCCAGACCUUCGAGGUGGAGGAGGAAGCUGACUGCGGCUACGACUAUGUGGAGCUCUUCGAGGGCCUGGCCCCGGCGGUCGUGGGGCUGGGUCGGUUCUGCGGAUCGGGGCCGCCAGAAGAGAUCUACUCCCUUGGAGAUGCAGUUUUAAUUCAUUUUCACACGGAUGAUACAAUCAGCAAGAAGGGAUUUCAUAUAAGAUACAAAAGCAUUAGAUAUCCAGGUACAACACAUACCAAAAAAUAACACCAAGCCUCCAUCGGAACGUAAAGAGAUGUGUAUAAUGGAGAAGAGACGUAUUUUUUUAAAUGAAGAUAUUAGCAUAAAUAUUUUAUAUAAGAAGUUUGAACAGACGAAAACUGUUAAGACCAGAGUUCUCUCUGUACUAAAAGAGAAGUUUCCUGAUCGGCUUCACCAGGAUAUUUGGACUGCAAGCUCAUUGGCAUAAAUAUAAAUAAAACUGGUAGAAGAGCGUCACGUGCUUUAGGAAGACUGUCCAGGCUCCUGCUCACAGCUUGACGUGGAUGCCUCACAACUCAGACAGUUCAGGUCGGGGUCUGUGACCCUACAGAGCAUUCUUUGGACUUUUUUUUUCAAGAUCGGGGAGAAAUAAAAUGAUCUUGCAAGUCAUAAACUGGAAAGCCCGCUCCUUGUACCUUAGGAUGAUUGCUUUGGCUCUGUUUCUUAACCACCAUGAAAACUAGUUCCAUAUAAGACGUUGUGAAUGAGCGUGUUUUCCGGGUGGUUUGUACUUUCAGUGUGUGUGUGUCCGAUGUUUGGAAACUGGAACACUUCAGCUUCAUUAUUUUCACUUGCAGGCUAGAUUAACCUCCUUGAAACACGAGUGACCUUGAUACCACUUCAUUGACUUAAUUUUCACACGUCUGUAAAGUCAGUGGUGUCUACUAUGGCAACAGAAUUCUCAACAUAGUGCAUUUAAUUGCUGGAAAAUGCCCAGUUGACUGGGAAACAGUUCUUUCAGAAAAAGUGCUGCUUUUCACACCAAACCCAAGAGGCCUUGUGCUAUCUUUGGAACCUUGAGAGAGAGCUCCCAGCAGGUGUGAAAGGACUCUCCUCCCAACUGCCUGGAUGGCUCCUGUCAAGCCACCCCUUCUGCAGUCAUCUUCCUCUUGUCGUUCACCUGUUGUAGUUGUUAUUGCUGAUGAUGUCAUGGUUCGUGUUGUAUUUAAAAACAAUGCAAUGAAAUGAAGCAGAGGUAGGCCUUGGAAGCACUGAGAGAUCUCUAUUUUUAGUGUAAAAAAAAUGCAGUGUUGGAAAAAUGGAUCUGUUUCUGAAGGAUUUUUCUAUGGUGCUAUUCCAUACAUCUUUUUUAAACGAAGUUUUUGACCUUUGAGCCAAACACCUGUAGACUCUGAAUGUAUCCCCUUGUCUGGCUGGUGGCAUUUAAAGACUUGUUAAAUAUAUCAAGAGUAGAUCAUGGCAAAGGGUAGCACUUGUCCUGUAGAACCACUACUUUUAACGCCUUAGAAUUCCUGCACAUGAUCGAACAGACCCUCCAGGCACACACUCUGAAAUGUGGUGCAUGAUUGUGCACGUUAAUAACAGCUCUGUGAGGAAAAUCUGUUUCUGCAACUGAGAACAUUGGGGAUAAAUACAGUAACCUGCUUUUGUGGUAGAAAAUGAAUUUCCUGCUUUAAAGCCCUAUGUUUUUUUAGUAAUAAUGUAUGUACAUGUGAGAUUGUAUGAGUGUGUGAAGCUGCAAGAGGCUAAAAAAUGGUGGGUGGUUGAAAAGCUAAUGUGCCAAGUUCUGCUAGAAUUCUGUCUGAAGUAGCACCUUUCUUAGGAAGUUUUAUGGGCAAAUAAUGGGAACUUCUCGUUAUUAUUGACCCCAUUUAAAAGAAGUCUCUUUCCUUUACAGAAACUCUUUUGAUAUUUCCUGGUGUUCAUGGCAUUUAUUUUAUGAAGUGGCUUUGUUUCUGUUACCUGUCCGUGAACAUUCAACAUUUAGGGAAAUUAGGUAUUCUUCCUCAUUUUUACAAAAUUAAACUAUACACACAGAUGUAGCUUAUUUUUUUUCAUUGCCUUCCUGAAAAAUCUUUUCUUGCAUAUGAAUUAUAAUAUGUAAAUACUUGUUGUAGAACCAAUCCUUGGAUCUUACUGAAUGUUACUUUGGAAAUAUAUCAACUAAUGCCUGCAGGAUAAUGAGCUUUUUAGUGGAGCUGAUUUAUUCCAGGGACUUCUAUACUUUUUCACUUUUCUGCAAUUAGACAGAAUAUAUCAGGAAUGGGAAAGAGAGGAAAAAAACCCAUCACAUGCUUAGUGUAUAUACUGUGCCUAGCCCACUGCUGGGUGCACGGCACUAGCUCUUUUUGAACUCUGUGCUCCCCCAUAGAGCUGCGGUGAUGAUCAGUUCUGUCGCUGAACUGAGAGAGAAGAUCUGUAACAUUCCAGGGUCUCCAUGUGAAGCUAGAUGUUGAAACCCAGCUUGCCCUCAUAAACAACCUGUGCUUGUCCUACAAAAUGUAAUAGAAUCGACUUGACAUAAAUAAAUAGUAGAUUUUUUUUGUGGUGAAACUUUUCAACAUGGAGUAAAAUUUAGGGGUAAAUUACAGUGAAACUUUCAGGAUAAACAUUGAUCCUUUCAGAAAGCAGUACAAUUCGAAUAUUGACUUUAGAUAUCUUUAAGAACCACAGUUAUUACUAGAAAUUAUAAAAACAAAAAAGCUACUCUGGAGUUGGGAGUUACUAACCAUGGGACUUUUGUUGAAAUAAGCACAUCAAUUUACUCUGUGUGACAGUUGAAAUGCAGUGUUGCACUUGUAAAAUAUUCUGACUGUUCCUGUUGGCAUCUGAGGCUGCAGUGAGCUGUGUUCUACACAACUGGACAUUAGAGCAAAGGGCUGUUUAGAGGCAUUUAGGGUGUUGUAACUCUAGGUCUUCCAUGCGAACAUUAAUUUUUAUUGUUAUGUAAGAUAUCAGUUCACUGUGUAUUAUUUUUAUAUUGAACUUUGCUUAAAUGUGUUGUUAAUUGCAAACACAGACAGCUUCAUUGUUAUUUUGUUAAUAAUUGUUAGUUACUGUUCUAGGCAUUUUAUUAAAUUAAUUUUGUAAAUUAUUUCCACCCCUACAUCAGGAUAUUGGUUGUGUUCUCUACUCGCCAAGUUCUAACUCCCACACAAUCUUCACUGACUAUACACAGGUAAAAACUGCUCCCAUCUUAGGUGAUUUUAUUAAAUUAUUUUUAAAAGUCAAUUUUGAAUAUUAAUCUGGUUUAUGGAAGCAAUCAUGACUUAGCUGCACAAAACAUUUUUUAAAUAUAUGAGGAACAACAGUUAUAUUUCCAAUGUCCCUUGCCUGUAUUGGCUAGACUUUUGUUAUCUGGGCCUAAUUUUAAUAUAUGAAAAUAUAAGAUUCAAAUUCUGUCCAAUUUUUUUUUAACAUCUUAGUCUCUUUGGUUUGUACUAAUAUUGUAUUUUGGAUAAUAAACGUCAAAUAUGAAAUUUUGUUCUCCCAUAUAGAGCAUCUCCAAGAGCAUCUAAUGACUAAUGAUUAUUUUUCAUAAAGGUGGAAGUUAUUUUUUUAGAAAAG